AUGAGAGGUGCUUUUCUUUUUAAGGAUAAUAUAAAGUACAGUUGGCACAUCUCCAGGGGGACAUAUAGGGCAUUGGAUUGGAGCAGACUUCCAGUGAGGAAACGCUUUUACGCAAAAGUGAGUGGGACGACAAAUGCCUCGCAGGGUAUCAACAAGGAUGGUGAGCAACACGAUGGUGGAGACCAUGAUGGACGCGAUGGGGAAGCUCCCCUAGACGCUGCUUCCUCUUCUGAACACCUCGAACCAACCGGACGAACACAAAUAAAAGACAUUCUUCACCCCCAAGUGACUCAAAGUGAAGGGAAAAAAUAUAAAAUUUGUGGGUGGGUCAAGUCGGUGAGGACAGUCGGUAAGAAUCGCUUCUCCUUUGUUGAUGUCAACGAUGGCUCCCACGUGAAAAACCUGCAAGUGGUAGUCGACUCUCGUAUCUCCAACUAUGAACAAGUGUCUCAAUUGCUUACGGAUGAUACGGUUGAGUGCUUCGGGGAGCUCAAGUGCUCCUUGGGGACGAAGCAGCAGGUGGAGCUCUGCGUGCAGGACGCAGCCAAAGCGCACUAUGUGAAGCUCCUGGGCAGGGUGAGCGAAGGGGGGACACGCGAAAGCGGAAAACACUACGCAAUCGCCAAAAAGUACCACACCAAGGAGUACCUGCGCAACUUCCCCCACCUCCGCGCCAGGACCAAACUCUACAGCAGCAUAUUCAGGCUCAAGUCAGACAUAAUAACACAGACGUUCAAAUUUUGGAGUGAAAAAAAUUGCACGUACAUCAACACACCUGUUCUAACCAGCAACGACUGUGAAGGGGGGGGAAAGUUAUUUCAUGCAACGACGCUCAUGUCCCAGGUGAGUCAGAAGGGGAUGACCAGUUCUGCUUCUCUGACCAACAACGCUGAACACACCAUUGCGAAUGAUCAUGAUGGAUGUGGCACUGGUGAACCUUACAAAGGGGAAGAUGGGGAAGACGGCGACCAUCCCCACCAAGUAAAGACUCCCCCUUUCUCUCGUGAUUUUUUUAAAAAACCAUGCUACCUAAAUGUGUCAAGUCAGCUGGCCCUGGAGUGCCUCUGUUGUUCCAUGGGAGAUGUGUUCACUCUUAACCAGUCAUUCCGAGCAGAAAAUUCUAAUACGGUAAGACACCUGAGCGAGUUCCUCAUGAUGGAAGUGGAGUUGGCUUUCUCCGAUUUGGCUUCAAUCAUUACUUUGGCAGAGGAGUACAUUAAGGCGAUGGUAAAAUUUGCUCUACACAAUUCAGAGGAUAUAAAUUAUAUGAAUGAACAGCACGAUGAAAAAUUGAAGCAGAAGUUACAAAACGUGCUGGAAAAACCCUUCGCCGUUAUCACAUAUGAUGAAGCUGUUCAAGUGGUAAAGGAGCAUAUGGGUCAUACAGAUGUACCCCUACGUACAGGCGAUUUAACAUUUGAGGAACAAAAAUUUUUAACAGACGUGCACUUUCGCUCCCCAGUUGUUGUUAUAAACUACCCACAAGACAUGAAGCCUUUUUACAUGACUCUAAAUGAAGAUGGAAAAACAGUUGCUUGUAUGGACGUGCUCCUUCCGGGAGUGGGAGAAGUGGUUGGGGGGUCAGAGAGGGAGAUCAGGAUACACACACUGGAGCGGAGAAUGAAAGAGAAGGGUCUUGAUGUGCCAUUGUAUGAGCCAUACUUGCAGCUUCGUCGUUAUGGUAAUGUCCCUCAUGCGGGUUUUGGGCUUGGCAUGGAUAGGCUUAUUAUGUUUCUCACUUCCAUGAGCAACAUCCGGGACGUCGUCCCGUUUCCGCGCACCCCCGGUUCGCUCUUUAUGUAG